UCCGAGACCUCGAGGCCCGGGCCUCGUCACCGCACCCACAUGGCCUCCGGAGUGGGCGCGGCCUUCGAGGAGCUGCCGCACGACGGCACGUGUGACCAGUGCGAGCCCGACGAGGCGCCCGGGGCCGAGGAAGUGUGCCGAGAGUGCGGCUUCUGCUACUGCCGCCGCCACGCCGACGGGCACCGGCAGAAGUUCCCCGGGCACCACCUGGCCCAGUACGUCCACGGCGCCGCGGCCUGGAGCCCCCGAGGCCAGGGGGCAGGCCAGGGCGAGGACGGCCUGGGGGACGACGGAGACGGAGCGAGCGAGGCGGGGCCCGAGAGCCAGUCCGAGGAGGACAGCGAGUCCGGCGAGGAGAGCGGGACGGAGGACGAGAGCGAGGACGAGAGCGACGCGGAGAGCGAGGACGACAGCGAGGAAGACAUGGAGGAUGAGCAAGAGAGCGAGGGGGAGGACAACCGUGACGACGGAGAGUCCGAGGCGGAGGGAGAAACUGAGGCCGAGAGUGAAUUUGACCCAGAAAUAGAAAUGGAAGCAGAGAGGGUGGCCAAGAGGAAGUGUCCGGACCACGGGCUUGAUUUGAGCACCUAUUGCCAGGAAGAUAAGCAGCUCAUCUGUGUCCUCUGUCCGGUCAUUGGGGCUCACCAGGGCCACCAGCUCUCCACCCUGGACGAAGCCUUCGAAGAACUGAGAAGCAAAGACUCAGGCGGAUUAAAGGCGGCUAUGAUAGAGUUGGUGGAGAGGUUAAAGUUCAAGAGCUCAGACCCUAAAGUAACUCGGGACCAGAUGAAGGUGUUUAUACAGCAGGAAUUUAAGAAAGUUCAGAAAGUGAUUGCUGAUGAGGAGCAGAAGGCCCUUCAUCUAGUCGACAUCCAGGAAGCAAUGGCCACAGCUCAUGUGACUGAGAUACUGGCAGACAUUCAGUCCCACAUGGACAGGUUGAUGACUCAGAUGGCCCAAGCCAAGGAACAACUUGAUACCUCUAAUGAAGCAGCUGAGCCAAAGGCAGAGGGUGACGAGGAAGGACCCAGUGGUGCCAGUGAAGAAGAGGACACAUGAAGGCCUGCCAUCUCCAGUGGAAAUCAUUCCUCCCCUGUGUGUAUGUGACAGCGUGUACGUGACGGCUUCUGAUCUCUGUGAAUGCUGCCCAGUAACACAUGUCCUUCCACCGGCUGCAUCCCCAGACCCACAGCAGGCACAUCUCUCUCCAGGGAUGAGCAGCCCCAUGCUUACAGACUGUGUGCUUCUCAUUCUUUGUGUGGUGGGUCAAGGAAAAGUGCCCCUUCGACCAACCAGGAGCAAUUAAGAAGGGUCCUUCAGGUAAUCCCUCAACGACUGCUUUGAACUUACUCAGGAAAGCCAGCCCCUGUAAUAUUAAUAUUAUAUAGCCAAAUCGUGUCUCCUCAUUAGGAAGGAUCUGGAAUAAUCUUGAAGGGCAGUCAGAAAAGCUUUCCCUACCUGCUAAUAAAGCCCCACUUUAUUCAAAUUGAAGCAUGAAAUAAAUGAGGGCAGAGUAGGCUGCACCCACGUAGAUAGUCUCUAAAAGUCCAGUACGUUUGGGAAAAUGCAGUUUCAUGAAAUAAGGUGGAUGGCUUGAAAACAGGGUUGGAGAAAGAGUUAAAAUGUAGAAAUAUAUAGAGAUAUUUUUAGUAUAUGAGGUUAUCCAGGAUUUUAGGAUUCAUAAUUCAGUGCUGUGAAAAUGGAUAAAAAAUUAUUGAAGACUUAGAAAGGAAAUAAUGUUUAAAAAAAAAAAGAGGACCAAAGAGAUCUGAUUAAAAGUUGAAAUCAGUAUUUCUGAACGCAAAUUGCCUGAGUUUCCAAAACAGUCACUAAAGGAUCUGAUGACACCGAAUGAUUGGGUGAAUUCUUCAGGUUUUAUGAAUCUUGUCACAUGAAAGGCUGGGGUGUUACCAAAUGGGCAUUUUCAGUGUAGGUUUUAGUUCCCCUCCCUCAGCUUAGCCUAAUUUGGCUUAAAUGCAAUGUGGGGAGCGUCCUUGUCCCUUGUGAUGUGCUGAGUGGAGCUCCGAGCUCCAUCUUUUGGCAGAUGCACCCUCCUGCACUCCAGCUGGAGCCUGUCUUGCCGUGGACGCCCCUCCGACUCCCCUUUAGAUCACCCCCCGGCGCUCUCCUCCUCAGCAACAGGAGGCAGAGAUGCAUCAUGGCUGGACCCUGGCCUUGCCUCCUCCUCAGUCACAUUUCCUUACAGCCAAGUUCUUUAUGCUCCAGUGAGCUGUGAUGUCCUAGGGCAUCCAAACUGCAAGCUGAAGGACUGCACCUUCUGAAACAUCAGUUUUACUUAACAAGUAGUUUGGAAUCAGGGGAUGACCUUAUUUUUGGAUAAAACAAACCGUUAUAUUAUGAAAUAGAAUGUUCAUACACAUCAACGUGGUUAAGGUAAAAUGGGAGACUUCACAGGUAAUUCUUAUUUGCAAUAGGAUAUUUGUUUCUUCUUCUCUGCCUUUAGUGGUACUUUGGUGUUCAUUUCUGAGAAGUACAAUUGGAACUGUAUCCAAACGUCCUUGGGGCUGCAGCUGACUCGAGGCCUACACUUCUAGUGCCUCUGACUGAGACAGAACCAAAGGAACCAGCCCUGGGGGAGCUCCAUCUCUGCCUGCCUGCCUGCCUGCCUGCCUGCCUGUGACCCUUCUACCUAUCACAGAGCUAUAGGGCCAGCUGAUUCAUGUGUUUGCAGUAUGUCUUUGAGGCAGAGACAAUACUACAGGAAUCCUAUUUAUAUAAUUGUUCAGUUCUGUGCAUGCUAUUAAAUGAUCAUUCCUUCGAUGCCAGGAAGCUGCCAGGCAUUUAUACUUCUGAGUUAGGGUUAUCCUCGGUCACUACAUGUAUAAGGGUUUAUUUAUAAAUUUGAGAGGAGUUUGAGCUGUUAAGGGGGAAAAAAAGGUAUUUUUCUCUCAAACUAGUAGCCAACAAAUGGCUAAGCCAGUUCUGGUGCUUUACCUGUCCUCCUACAAAGGCUGGAGGGUCUGGCAUGGCCAUUGACCACAGCCCCAACCACUUUCAGCAAAACACCUCUGAAGAACCAAUGGCCUCUCUUAAAGAGUUUAAAAACCAGAAGAUUAAAAAGACUAGGAUUUGGAAGCUUGUGUUAUCUUUUCCAUAUAAUUAUUUUUUAAUCUCUAAAUAACUAGCCUUAUCUUAGCAAUCGACAGAUCAUUGGCUUCUCCAUACCUGAUCAUAUGUUAUUAUUUUAAAUCAGUGUUUGGGAAACCCAAGCAUUUAUUCAGUGGAUAUGAAUGGAAAUAGUAAAACGAAUGCCAGCCUAUUUCAAUAAAUUAUCAUAUCCCUGUCGUCCUCAAGGAAAGCACUUUUGCUUUUACUCAGAAAGGAUUUUAGACUUGCUUUAUAGGUUCCUGCUGUCUUCAGCAUCUGAUAAAACUUUAACCAGGGAAGCAUUAAACACAGUGCAGCAGCUCUGCCCAGGCUCCCAAGUUCCUGCCGGCAGCAUUUGUCAAUGUAAGAACUAGGAUGCUUCCUGCAGUGGCACCAGCUUCCCCCAGAGCGGCAGCUGCUGCUCAGCCUUAAGCCCCAGCAAGAUGAGGCUUCCCUCCUGCCAGGUCAGUGCAAGUUGUGCUCAAAGUCGUGUCUUGUCUGGCUGCAGGCACUGCAGAAAUCCCUAGGGAGAAGUCAUCAAGGGAGGCAGCUAUGAGUGUCUUCAGAAUGAACUGGGUCCUAACAGCAGUCUCUGGCUGCCUUACAAAUAUUGGGUGUCUGGAGACCAAGAAGGGGUUUGCUUUUUUUUAUUUGAUGUUAAUAAAUUCAGGGCAAUUCCAAGAAAUGCUUGGAGUCUUAGCUCUGACAACCAGGAAGGGAAAUGACCUAUAUUGGGGACUAACUAUGAACCAGGCCCUGUACUAGGCCCCCAUUCUCAGAUGACAAAACAGAUUUGGAGUAGGAGAGUCACUCGCCUUGACUUACACAGCUAGGAAAUAUCAGAGCCAGAUUCUGAGACCAGUUCCCCUAACUCUGUGGCCCAUGGUACAUCUAAGUACAGAGGGAGAACAUGGCGGCAGGUUCCCCCACUGCAGUCUGACCAUCUCACCUUGUGAAUUCUUUUUCAAAAUUACAUUUAAUGGCUGUAGUUUGCUCAGAAAUGACAUCAAAGUAGCCUUAUUCCUCCAUUCUAGCAGAUGCAUCGAGUACACAUUGCUGAUUUAAGCAUGCCCCCAGGAGUCGGGAGCCGUUUCUUUCAGUGCCAUCCCCCAUGAACAAAGUAUUUCUGGGCCUUCAAGAGUAUCUCAGCAGUAGAAAGGGGAAAGGUGUCUGCUCUCUAACUUUAUUUGAAAAUGUCUGCUGGUGUACUGCUGCAGAAAAGGACAUCUUCAAUUUUAGUAAAGUUAGCCAGAUCUGUGCACUGUGAGAAUGUGGCAAUUUAGAGUCCAGUGAACCUAGACUCUCUUACUGAUACCUGAUAUAUGUGUGUACAUGAAUGAUGUGUAUGUGUAUGUGUAUGUAUGUACAUGCACACACACACACAAUUUAAGAACUAAGGGAAAUUCAAAGCAGGCCCCUCAUUAUUUUGCAUGCCACUGCAAAGGUUUUUGUCAGCCCUGAUUACAAGUGUCAUCAGGUAAUUGGAGCUUAGGAGCUUAGAAGAUGUUAACACGAAAAGCAACUCCUUGGCAAAGGUUGUCAGACCCUAAUGCACUGAGCCAAGGUGACAGCCCUGAAGGAAAUUGCACCCCAGCCCUACUCCAGGUUGUCUAAUGACAUGGGAAAUUUGCAUACCCAGCCAUUCGAUGACCUGAGAGUCUGACCACUCCAGUCAGGCCUGAGGGCAUAGCUGCAGAAUUCACCACCUGUAGUAGUGGCAGGGCCUACGGGUCCUCUUCCCCACCUAGAAAAUAUUCUCCUGUUAAUACCUGAAACUCCACACUCACAUAAUGGCUGUUCAGUAAAUGCUUUUUGAUAAGAAAAUCAGUUGCCAAGUUUCCCCUGUGCCUAGCACAUCUGGAAUCUUCUGUUUGAAAAACAAAUCUCAUUAUGAAUGGACUUAGCCCAGCCCUAAGAGAAAAAGAAGGCCUAUAAGGGAGACUUCUCAUCUCAUUGCCUUCACCCAGCAGUGUUUCUGAGGCCCCUACCGCAGCCUGUUCCAAGCAACAUAAGGCCCAGGCAGUUCCUGCCCUCUGGGGCCUGCCAGGUAGAACAGCAUUUGAAACUGAGAACACACCAGAAACAGCAGAACAAGCAUCAGAGCAAGAAAACGGGAAUAAAUUAAGACAGUUGUAAGUAUACUGAUGUAAAAAAAGUACCACAGAGCCCUUGCUGGGCCUGAUACAACCUUGAGGGGACAAUAGAUUUAUACUUAACGGGAAUUAAGCCUGACUAGUCUUUAACAGUGACAGGCACACUGCAUGGAAGGGGAGAACCUGCACCCAUUGUCCUCUGCCUGUUUUCCUGUGCAGUCAGUCCCUCCUCAGUCAUCUUCCCUAACCCUUUACAUUAGACAAGGGAACACUCCAUCUUUCAAGGGAACUACACGUUUGAGUUAAUGUUUCAGUAUAUCAUCUUCAUACUGUAAAUUAUUUUGUAAGAGAGAUUUACCACUAUCCCAGGAUGUUUGGACUCAGCACCCCUGUACAUUUGGAAAUCAAUAAACUAUUA